GCAGUUCUGUCUACAUUUUCGGGGUCGCGGUCCCCCUGUUGAAGUCGUACAUUACAUCAUGUCAUCAUCUCUGAAUAGUGUUUGGUAGAGAGAGAGAGAGAGACAUAGAGAGAGAGAGACAUAGACAUAGAGAGACAUAGAGAAAGAGAGAGAGAGAGAGAUCCCACACACGUUACCAGGGGCGUGGAACGCGUCAUGCUGAAUGGGAGGCACAAUUAUUUGCCUCCCCGCCGGUGAGUUCACCUCACACUGGGAGGAGAAGCCACGACAGAGGCCGAGUCGACACGAAAAUCUGUUUUUUUUCCUCAUUUUUCUGUGAAUUAACUCUGAAAGGACUCGAAUUCACUGUCGUUUUUUUUUUACCGCCACACGUUUAUACACAAGAAGCAGCGAGGAGGUUCGGGGACACUCGGCAUCUUCCGACAGGUCACCGAAGAGGAGGAUGCGAAGAUUCGAGAGGAGAUAAAAUUAAACGAAGCCGUCAUUUCCCCCGCGGUCGCCGGGCUGUUGUCUGUUUAGCUAAUGCUAAGCUGCUGGUUCUCCUGCUCAAACGCUGUUCGCCCCAGGAAAUGGAGCUUUAGUUUCAGUGGAGGUGAGCGUUCAGUGUGGGCACGUUCUCUACGUUAGCGACAUGUUUUUUCAAACCCUGGACCUGACUCAGAACCUGGACCCUGGUCUGCUGGUCUGGGUUUGACCGGGAGUCUGUCGUCGGUGACUGUUCGUCUGUGGGAGAGUGGCGUCGUCCUCUGAGUGAAGUCUGACCUCCGUGUCACCUGGUCCGGUGUUUGAAGCCUCCGCUCACUGACGGUACCAGAGAAUGGCCGGUGCUGGCACCAAGGACUUGAAUCCAAAGUGACCUUGGACUUUGUUCUCCUGCGAUGGAGCCCGUGGUGAACUGUAGCUCCGAGGUUCAGCCGGACCUCAAACACCAGUCUGUCCCCAACUCUCAGCGUGAGCUGACCAUGGCCGAGGGUCCGCUGGACCCAGUGGUCCGAGGUGGCAGCGACCCCAGUGUGUACCCCUCCUCCAACUACCAGAGGAACGUCAACCAGCGUUUUAUCAGAAGAAGCCUGUGGUUUUCAGACCAAGAUGAACAGACGUGUGGAGCAGCGGACUGUGAGUACACCGGUCAGAACCUCAACGUUCAUCUGCCCACACUAGUGGACCGGACCAGGACCAGGACCACCAGCUGUGACGGCCUGGAGGGGCCCAGCUCUCCUGGUCCAAGUCAACCCAAAGACAGUGUGACAGACGGCUCCAGUACUGACCAGAAGGACACACGUGGUGAUGGGUUCGACGCCCCCUGCAGCGGUUGUGCUCAGUCCAACAUCAAGGCGGCCAGCGAAGAAAACGAGGAGGAGGCGGAGAUGAAGGCGGUGUCCACGUCUCCAGGAGGACGCUUCCUCAAGUUUGACAUUGAACUGGGGAGAGGCUCCUUCAAGACGGUCUACAAGGGCCUGGACACGGAGACCUGGGUGGAGGUGGCCUGGUGUGAGCUGCAGGAAACUCUGCAGAAUUAUAAAUACCCCGUGUAUAAAUACCCCACGGUUCAUGCUGUGAUGCCCCACUGCACCUGGUUCUGGUUCCUGCAGGACCGUAAGCUGUCCAAGGUGGAGCGUCAGCGUUUCAAGGAGGAGGCGGAGAUGUUGAAGGGUCUCCAGCAUCCAAACAUCGUCCGUUUCUACGACUUCUGGGAGUCGCCGCUGAAAGGGAAGAAAUGCAUCGUCCUGGUGACGGAGCUCAUGACGUCUGGGACGCUUAAAACGUACUUGAAGCGUUUCAAGGUGAUGAAGCCGAAGGUUUUGCGGAGCUGGUGCCGACAGAUCCUGAAAGGCCUCCACUUCCUGCACACCAGGGCUCCGCCCAUCAUCCACCGGGACCUCAAAUGUGACAACAUCUUCAUUACUGGACCCACGGGUUCCGUCAAGAUCGGAGAUUUAGGACUGGCGACGCUCAAGGCGGCCUCCUUCGCCAAGAGCGUGAUCGGAACUCCUGAGUUCAUGGCCCCGGAGAUGUACGAGGAACACUACGACGAGGCCGUGGACGUCUACGCCUUCGGCAUGUGUAUGUUAGAGAUGGCCACCUCGGAGUAUCCCUACUCUGAGUGUCAGAACGCCGCGCAGAUCUAUCGCAAAGUCACAAGUGGAGUCAAACCCGCCAGCUUCAACAAGGUCAUGGACCCAGAAAUCAAGGAGGUGAUUGGAGAAUGUAUCUGUCAGAAGAAGGAGGAGCGGUACACAAUCAAGGACCUGUUGAACCACGUUUUCUUUGUGGAGGACACGGGUGUGAGGGUGGAGCUGGCAGAGGAGGAUGAUGGGAAGAAGGCCUCCAUAGCCCUCAAGCUGUGGGUGGAGGACCACAGGAAGUUGAAGGGAAAGUACAAGGAGAGUGGAGCCAUCGAGUUCACCUUUGACCUGGAGAGGGAGGUCCCUGAGGUCAUAGCCCAGGAAAUGGUGGAGUCCGGCUUCUUCCACGACAGCGACGUUAAGACCGUGGGGAAGUCGAUUCGAGACCGCGUGGCUCUGAUCAAAUGGAGGAGGGAGAGAACCGCGUCUGCUACGGCCGCAGUGGACGGAGAACCCAGAACCCAGGUGACGGCGUGUCAGGGAGUCACUGCGGCUUCGACUCACGUCGGACGACCGCCGUUACCGGAGCCGGACGAGACGGACGCAGACCAGAACAACAAGCCGGGUCAGCUGCCGACCAGUUCCACGUCGGUGACAUCGAACGGCACGACGGACAGUGGCGUGGGCUCCACGGUCUACUCCGACUCCCACAGCAGCCAACACAGCUUCCUCUGCCAGACUCUACUGGAGCCCAUCACAGCGGCCAAUCAGCAGUGCCAGAACAGGAACCGUUUCCUGACACAUCGACCUGGUUCACAGGGCGACCAGUGGGGGGCGACCUCCGGUCCAGAGGUCAGGAUUUCAUGCAGGGCAGCGGCACGAAGAGGAAGUGCCCCUGUUGUCCACAUGUGCACGGGAAACCACGCCACAAACCACUCCCACAGGUCCAGAAGCCCCUCCCUCUCAGUGUUAAAGUACCGGUCGGUUCUGUGUCCCUCUGAGUCUGGGUCAGAGGCCGAGGACGGUCUGCACCCGCAGACCUCCUCUGUCGUCCGGCACCACCCCCCCGCUGACACCAGCGUCGGCCCACCUUCAGGCACCGCGGAGAACUCCAGUCUAGCUGCGGCCAGAAGACGCAGACACUCGGACCUGGUCGGUCUCCUGCGAGUCCAGAACCAGAACCAGAACCAGAACUCUGUGAGGACCAGGUCCCACUGGUGCCAGGCCUGUGUCUCUCUGAUCCUCCUGAGGAACCAGGAAGGCGUGCGUCGAUACCCGUCUUUUGUGGCUGCAGCCCGCACCUGUCCGUGUGACUUCAGACACCUGUCCUCAGUGGGGGCCGCGCCCCCCCCCGCCCAGAGACGUAACUGCUCUGACUUUUCACUGCUGCAGAAAUCUCUGUUUAACAUAACAGGUGGUAAAGUGGCCCCCCUCCACACACCCCCCCUCCCAGCCUCCUUGUCGCCCCCCUCCACCGAAGACCACCCCAGUGGUGACGGCUCAGGUGACGACCCCCGACCCCCCCAGGACAGCCACAGUACGUUGUCUGAGGCGGCGUCACUGGGCGGUUCUGCCGGACCUCAGAUCAAACAGCCAAUCACGGACCUGCCUUGUUCUGUCACGGCUGUCAACGCUCCGCUGAAGUACCUGCAGUCCGGGGACAGUUUUGUUGCUGGUCCAUACGCAGGUCCAGCGGCCCUGGGGUACCAGCAGCACCAGACCCAGUUUACAGUACCAGGCCAGCAGACCUGCCAGAACUUUGUGGCUCCGGCUCUGGUUCCAGACAAGACUGCAGCAGCACCGACCUCCACCCCCGGCCCGCUGCAGCACCUCCAGGACCUCCACAGUCAGACUGGAGGACCAGCAGCAGCCAAUCAGAGUUACACAGCUGGGCCCGCCGCCUCCCAGAACCAGCACCAGUCUGCACGGUCUGUCACCGCUCCACAGAGCUACGUAGGAUCUACCCAGAACCACCCGGCCUCUACACAGCAAAGCCAAGCUCCACAGCUCCCCCUACAGGGUCAGACCCCGGGUCAGCCGACCUCCAGUGUUCACCAGCAGACGUCGUCUUCUACACCGCACCGUCAUCAACCUCAGGUACUGUUGGUGCGCCCCCACCUGGUUGAUCCUUGAACCUGAGUUUAGUUCCAUCUUUACUUGACUGUGACUGUGGUUCUCCUCUGUGGUUCUCCC